GCAUGGCAUCAUGCAUGUAUAAUAUACACUGACUGUUUGUAUUAAUUAUAGUGACCUAUAAUAUAGAUCUAUAAUCUAAAGUGAUGCUUAUAAGUUUAAUAUGUAUGCAAAAGAAAUGCCUAAACACAGGAAACCACAGACUAUCAUUGGAGUGCUGAUCUGCAUUCUAUGGUUGGCAAUUCCAUGCUUUGGGAGCAACUCUUUUGAACUGACUUUGGUCAGCCAUGAAGGAGAUAGUGUUUUUCUGCCUUGUAGUUACCCACUUGCAAGCAGUCUAUCAAUUGUUUGGGAAGUGAAUGAUGUCAUUUUUACUGUGGAAAGCUUGCCUAAUCAGCUACAAAGAGUGUCAAGUGGCUUAUUUAUAAGAGAUGUCUCACUUCAAGAUGUUGGUGAUUACAAUUGUUAUACUUACAGUAUGUCAAACCUUGAGCAACUGUACUCCAAUCACUUGGUAGUGAUUCCUUCUGAAAGUGAUCACUCAUCAGGGACUAUAGGUCAGCUGAAGACGGACUUAAACAUUGAUAGGGGACUUAACUUCCAAGCUACAGAGAACGAUGUGAUAUUUUUACCUUGCGUACCAGCCAUAGGAACGCACGCUGUGACACUAUGGAGGAUUGAUGGAGUUAUCUAUCCUGUAACGGAGCUUCCUCGUUGGCAUUCAAAGCACUAUGGUGGGAUCAUUGUGAAUCCUGCAAUGAGCAGCACAACAGGCACUGUAUAUGAAUGCUACACCACAGUUGACAACAGCAUUGGGCUGCUGUACACAGUGUCCCUUUCUUUACGACCGAGUAUCCCAAAAGAUAACGAAACCUUGCAUGCAGCUGUAUACAGUCAGUCAAACACAGCCAGGGUUAAACUUAUCAGCCGAUUGGUGAACCUGACUUUAGCCUAUAAGGAAUUUGGAUUCAAAAUCCAAUCAGAGGUGGACAGUACCAGUUUAGGUGCAGAACCUGAUAUAUUUUUCAUCACCGACGUGAUUAAAUAUGGCACUAUACUAUGGGAUGAUCUUUCAAAUGUCAUGGAGCCUAUUUUUUCGAUACCAAGCAAGCAUUUUCAAGACAUUGACGCAUAUGGUACAACAUAUGCAAAGAAUUUUACCAAUGGAGACAAUGAACCCUUUGCAACGCUUGGGUAUCUCUACAGAACAGAUGUAAAUGAGACUACCAACAACACCUGCAUACCUGAAGGUCAGACAUCUUGUGUCUACCUACCAGAAAAUAAAAAUGAUCUACGUGUCAUGUGGCCGACACAUCCGAAAUCUGAUGAUGACUGUAUUUGUCCUGUAUUUGCGGAGAGGGAGCUUGGACCCACAUUUAAAAGCUGUUAUUGCUUUGUAUUUAAUCUUACAACUUAUAACAUCGAGCUACAAGACAAUGACAGGAUAUGUUGGAAGAAUCUUGAUCGUGAUAGCAAUGACACAAAAAUACUGCUAGUUAAAGAAGAACUAAUUGGUAACUCUGAUGUGAGAGUGAUCGAAAGUCAAAACAGAAUUAUAGUGCAAGGUCCCCAGUAUCCACCAAAUCUUACAUAUAACAGCAGCAAUAACUCUGUAUGCGCUACAUCCGAAAGUGAAGAAUGGAGUCCUGUGAUAGGAACAGUAGUGGUGGUAAAUGAUGCCACAGGUGAUACCAUUCUUGAUCGUGCUAUACUGAAAUCAAACUUCUGCCUGGAACUUGAUGACCUACCGCAGAGUUGUGCACCGUUUCAAGUAAACAUGACAGCGUUUAGUCAGUGUGUUCAAUCCGAACCAAGCACUUUCCAGGGUCAAAAAAAUGGCACCAUAUGUCAGUGCCUACAAGAUAAAGUGAACCUAACAUUCAACAUCAGCUAUACUACAUAUGAUGAAAUCAUAGUAACUAUACAUUUCAGCUGUUUAAGUUUAAAGGACUACGAGAUAUCAAAUGUUUUUCUAAAAUCAACUCAACUCUCAAACUGUGGCAGCACCUGUAAGAAUGCAAGCACAUCCUUUGAUCUGUAUUGUGCGGUUAAUCAACCGUUCAAUAUUUCCAUUAUGGAUCUAAUGCCAGGGACUAAUUACGAGGUAUCAAUUGAAUGGAUGUCUCCUACUACUGGACAGCAUUGUUUGAUUGCAGAAAGUCAGCAAUCUAUUACACUCACAGAAGACUCUUCGAAGUUGACGCUCAUCCUCUCUUUGAGUGUACCUAUCGGGACCAUCUUACUAAUUGUCUUUAUUGUUUUCAUUGUACUGUUUUCAUUUGCCGUACGCAAUUGUCGUAAAAAUUUGAAAGCAAAAAAACGCUCGAUUAAUAUUUCAGAAACGGAAUAACUAUAAUUAUAAAUAUAGUUAUUUUACACUGCUUAUUAAAACACUUUACAUCCUAGAACCUAUACCAGUUGUCUAUAGUUUGUGCAAAUUAUAUGUGUUAAUAUUAAUUGUUGUCACGUAUAUAUUCGUGCUAACUAGAAUUACAGAUUGCAAUGAGAAAU